UUUCAGAGUUUAAUCUAGAUGCUAGGAUGAGUAGUAGGGUCCCCUUGGAAACUCCAGUUGUUGCCAAGGAAAUACCAGAUGUUAUCACGGAUCCUAGCACCAAGAGAACUUAUGAGAGGGGAAAGUUUCUCGGAAAGGGUGGAUUCGCUAAAUGCUAUGAGCUGAAGGAUAAAGCUACAGGAGAGAUAGUAGCGGGGAAGAUAGUUCCCAAAUCAAUGCUCACUAAAGCUCACCAGAAAGAAAAGAUGGCUCAGGAAAUCCGACUACACAAGAUUGUGAGACAUUCCUAUAUAGUUAAGCUUUUCUCAUAUUUUGAAGAUUCAAAUUUUGUAUAUGUGAUCCUGGAGCUGUGCAGAAAGAAAUCUUUGAUGGAACUCCACAAACGUCGACAAGCUAUCACCGAACCUGAAACCAGAUAUUUUAUGAGACAGAUGCUGUUGGGUUGUCAAUAUCUUCAUGAGAACAAGAUCAUUCAUCGUGAUCUAAAGCUCGGCAACGUGUUCCUAAAUGAUGAUCUGGAGAUUAAGAUCGGAGAUUUCGGUUUGGCAACUAAGGUGGAUUUUGAGGGAGAAAGGAAGAAAACUCUGUGCGGAACACCUAACUACAUAGCUCCAGAGGUUCUAGGCAAGAAAGGACACAGCUACGAGGUAGAUGUUUGGUCCCUGGGGUGUAUUCUCUACACAUUACUAGUUGGGAAACCACCAUUCGAGACACAGUCCCUCAAGGAUACAUACAGUAGGAUAAAAAGGAACGAGUACCAUAUUCCGUCUAAGAUUGGUCCUCUAGCUAGAAACCUUAUUGCCAAACUACUCCAGAAUGAUCCUAUGAAGAGACCAUCUGUUACGGAGAUAUUAAAGGAUGAUUUUAUGACAAUGGGAUACCUACCAUGCCGUCUACCACAGUCCUGCCUCUCCAUGGCGCCAAGGUUCGACAACAAGUUGAACGCCAGCUUGAUAGCCAGGAAGAACCCGCUCUCCGAGUACAACAGGAUAUCAGAAUCCUCUAGCAGUACAGGAGAGAAAAAGGACGGAGUUAAGGGAGGAUUGAGUGGACCCUCUGACUGUCAUCUAGGUGAAAACCACGCUAUGCUCAGAAAGCUGGUAGAGAGUAAACCUGGAUCCAGGGUUCAAGCUCAGGAGGAGGAGGCAGAGGAUCCAAUGUCUCAACCGUUGGUCUGGGUGUCUAAAUGGGUCGAUUAUAGUGAUAAAUAUGGCUUUGGAUACAGUUUGAAUGAUGACAGUAUAGGAGUUGUUUUCAAUGAUUUGACCAAACUUCUUCUUCUGGCAGAUGGUCACAGCAUUCACUACAUCGAUUACGACGGUGGAGAACAUUAUCAUUCAUUGACCGAAUACCCUGAAACCAUCGAGAAGAAAGUGAAACUUCUCAACUACUUCAGGAACUAUAUGAAGGAACAUCUACUCAAGGCCGGGGCUAAUAUGGAGAUCCGUGAUGAAGAUGUUUUGUCUCGAAUUCCAUCGUUGAAAACCUGGUUCCGAACCUCCAGAGCUGUUGUGAUGCACCUCAGUAAUGGAACAAUUCAGAUUAACUUCUUUAAGGAUCACACAAAGAUUAUACUGUGCCCCCUGCUGGGAGCUGUCACAUAUAUCGAUGAUACUCGGAGAAACCGAACCUUCAGAUUUGAUCUGUUGGAAAAGUACGGGUGUUCACAGGAUAUUGCUGCUAGAUUGAACUACGCUUAUGAUAAGAUUGAAGCCAUGAUGAAGAGUAAAACCUCAACUGGUGCUCGGAAGAAAUGAUUUGUUUCCCGGGGGAAACUUGUCUAUUACGCUUAUAUUCCCGUUACAUAUACGCUUAAACCUCAACUUGAAGGUAGUUUAUGCGUCAAGUUGUAUUAUAAGUCAAGUCACACAGAUUUAUUCCAAUAUUUAUACAUAAACUAGCUCAAGCUGUUCUCAACCUUGGAUUUCAGACUAGUAUCAAUACGAUUAAAUUUAGUACCUUAAAUUUCUGUCGUAACUAAUACGCUUCAACUUAAAAUGAAAAUUGUUCACAUGAAAAUAUUUUACCUGUGCGACUGAAAUAACUAACUCCUGAGUUGGAACCUUAGUCUUUUAAACCUCGGAGGAUAUUAAUUUGUUUAUCUGGAAGUGAAGUCAUAUUUUCCAAACCACGCUAAGCAACUGAGUUUCUCUUUAAUUUCAUCGAUGUUACAUUUAUUCCUGACACUCGUUAAAAAUAGUUGGCUAUGAAUUUUCAAAGUAUUCUGAGUGGCAUUUAUUAGUGGAUAUUUUUUAUUACACAAUAUGCAAAGACACCAAUUGUUCGGAAACCUACUUCUUUCCUCUUUAGUAAAUUUGUUGAUCAACCCCCUAGUUAGUAAGGUUAUAUAUAUAAAUAACAUGCUGUUGUUAAAGCAUUCUUAGCUUUCAUCUGAUCUCCUGUAGCCUGCUCCCCUUUAGGCCAGUAUAGACUUGGUACUGUUGUUAGACACUUACCUACGGGCGCCCUUUCAUACAUUGUUUUUAUGUAACUCCUAAAAUGGUUGAUCUCGGUAUACUGUAACUUUAACAUGCAGGAGUUAUAGGUAUCUAUGUGAAAGUUGCAUGCUAAAGCUAAGUGUCUGAACAUUUUCUCAUGUGCCCAUGCAAACAACUUAAAGAUAGUGUAUACACAAUGAACAUAUCCUGUUGCAAUCCUGGAUAUUACUGAAACGUUAUAUUGACCCUAAUGUUUUAUCUAUGUUAUUUACCGUGAAAUAUAUUAAGUACUUGAU